GAAGAGUGAAGAAAAUGAUGAAGAGAAACCUCAGUCCUCACAGCUUCAUCAAAGACUAACUGAACAGAUGAAAACAGAAGCUGAUGGAGAGGACUGUGGAGGACCAGAACCAGCCAGGAACUCAGAUCCAGAUAGACAUUUAAAACCAGCUGCUCCUGACAGGAUUUCAAACUCCUCUGAACCGGAGUCUGAUGAUAGUUUUGAUUGGGAGGAGAUCAGGAAACAAGCUGAAUGUGCUACAAGCUUUGACCACAAGGUACAUUUGCAGGAAAAUAAUGGAAUCCAAACAGGAGAGAAACUAUUUAGUUGCUCAAUCUGUGGCAGAAGAUUCCUCUGGAAGAAGUCCUUAAUGACUCAUAUGAUACUUCAUUCAGAAGGAAAAUGUUUCAGCUGCUCUGUUUGUAAAAAAACAUUUAAAUGCAGGGUAAAGUUUGUGAAGCAUGUGAGAUUUCACACAGUGGAGAAACGCUACGUUUGUUCCUUCUGUGGUAAAAGAUUCCCACACAACUCAAAUUUGACCCGACACUUAACAGUUCAUACUGGAGAAAAACCUUUCAGCUGCUCAGUUUGUUUAAAAAGUUUUGGUAACAGAGACACUUUGUCCCAACACAUGAGAGUCCACACAGGAGAGAAACCCUUCAGUUGUUCUCUCUGUGGUAGAAGAUACGCAAAUAAGUCACUUCUGAAAGAACACAUGAGAAUCCACACAGGAGAGAAACCCUUCACAUGUUCAGUUUGUAAAAGAAGUUUUCGUGUCAGAGACCAGUUGUCCAAACACAUGAGAAUCCACACAGGGGAGAAACCCUGCAGUUGUUCUGUCUGUGGUAAAAUAAUUGCAAAAAAGUCACGUCUGAAACAACACAUGAGAAUCCACACAGGAGAAAAACCUUUUACAUGCUCAGUUUGUAAAAGAAGUUUUCGUGUCAGAGACCAUUUGUCCAGACACAUGAGAAUCCACACUGGGAAGAAUCUAUUUAGUUGCUCUGUCUGUGGUAAAACAUGUGUUGGAAAUAUGAGUAGACACAUGAAAACCCACAGAAAGGAGAAACCAUUUUGUUGCACUGUAUGUAAUAAAAGAUACACUCGGCUUGAGCAUCUUAAAAAGCACAAGUGUGCUGGUGAGAGCAGUGGAAGUAAAUGAAGCUGCAACUAAGGGCAAUACCAGUAGGUAUGGGCUACAUUACUGCAGGAAUCACUGUUUAAACUAAUCUGUAUAAAACUGAUCAAUGAACAGUAUAUGAUGUGAAUAUUUCUGAGUGAGGAUGAAUGUUGUGCAGCUGAAACAAAUGUAGUUUAAAAGUGAGUUUUUCAUUAUCUGCUGAUAGUCUGAAUGUGUUUUGACAUAAUUUAAUUAAAUACGAAAUCGGCAAGAUUUUAUUAACGUGAAAUAGACGUCUAAAACUUAACAGUCAGUGUGAGCUUACAGACAUAUUUUCCACUUCCAAAUAAAUCAUUAAUAGGCUGACCUGCUGGGUCAGACUGUGACUUUACAAUCACAGGUCCACAAGUAAACUGUGCCUUAUUUUGUUUGUUAGGCCUACAUAGCUUCAUCUUCAGGAAGCCAAUUGCUACCAGCAUCUUGUCCCUUCAGAUUAAAUACCUUAUUUAAAAAUUGAAUGUAGCCUUUUAGGCCUACCUUAUCAUUCAUUAAGGAAAUUCCAGUCCGGCAAACGAUGAACGAGCAACGCUGUAUAAAAUGCAAUUGUUAAUGUAUUGAGUCUGUCAUCCACUUCGGAUCGGCUGUUCUGAAACCGAAAAGUUGGGACUUUCUGAAACAGAACCCAGGUGAGAUCAUCUCUGUUUUUUGUCUUGUAAAAUAAUAGACUCUUCUUGUACCAAUUAUUGACUGACUCCAGUAUGUUUUUCUGACUACAAGUCAAGCUUUUGGGUUUUCAGUUGGCCUUGCCAUUAAUGUUUUGGCAGCGUUUAUUCUGGCGGUAUCAGGUGACUCCCCUGCGUCUUCAGUGCACAUUAAAAAUAGAAUGUUUGAAAUG